GAGCAGAUCGGCGACUGGUGCAGUUGUUGGGUCGGGCACGAAGAGGGGGGUGCAGCUUGAUUUCCCCCGAUACCCCUCCCCCUCAGGCGCGAGCCCCACCCCUUCGCCCGCCAGGCCGACCCCGCCGAACCACCCCCUGCGGCGCGAGCCCGGGGUGGCUCCGGGCGCCCCCCAGCAGACCCCCCAUCAUGGGCAGCCAGAGCUCCAAGGCUCCCCGGGGCGACGUGACCGCCGAGGAGGCAGCAGGCGCUUCCCCGACUAAGGCCAACGGACAGGAGAAUGGCCACGUGAAAAGCAAUGGAGACUUAUCCCCCAAGGGUGAAGGGGAGUCGCCCCCUGUGAACGGAACGGAGGAGGCAACUGGGGCCACUGGUGAUACCAUUGAGCCAGCACCCCCAAGCCAGGGAGCUGAAGCCAAGGGGGAUGUACCCCCCAAGGAGACCCCCAAGAAGAAGAAGAAAUUCUCUUUCAAGAAGCCUUUCAAAUUGAGCGGCCUGUCCUUCAAGAGAAAUCGGAAGGAGGGUGGGGGUGAAUCGUCUGCUUCCUCACCCACAGAGGAAGAGCAGGAGCAGGGGGAGAUCGGUGCCUGCAGCGAGGAAGGCACUGCCCAGGAAGGGAAGGCUGCUGCCAUCCCCGAGAGCCAGGAAUCCCAGGCCAAGGGGGCAGAGGCUAGCACUGCCUCCAAGGCAGGAGACACAGAAGAGGAGGCAGGGCCCCAGGCUGCAGAGCUGUCCACUCCCUCCGGGCCAGAGAGUGGCCCAACACCUGCCAGCGAGCAGAAUGAGUAGCUGGGUGGGGGCAGGUGGGUGAUCUCUAAGCUGCAAAAACUGUGCUGUCCUUGUGAGGUCACUGCCUGGACCUGGUGCCCUGGCUGCCUUCCUGUGCCCAGAAAGGAAGGGGCUGUUGCCCCCUCCCAGCCACGAUCGAUCCCUUUCCUCCUUUCCUUCCCUCCUGUGGAUUCUCCCAUCAUCCACCUGGUCUUCCUCUCAAGGCCAGUUGAAGAUGGUCCCUUCCCUGUUUCCCCAAGUUAGGUUAGUGACGUGAAAUGCUCCUGUCCUUGGCCCCACCUCUUUUCCUGUCCCCAUCCCUGCAGAAGGCAAUUGCUGGUUUUUCCCAAUUCUUUUCCAAGUAGGUUUUGUUUACUCCCCAAAUCCCUGAGCCAGAUGUGGGGUGCCUGUGUCCAGCCUUCCCCCUGUUGAGUUUAGUCUCUUGUGCUGUGCCUAAGUGGCACCUGGGCUAGGGGAGGACACUGCCCCUGUCUAGGUUUUUAUAUUUGUCUUACUCAAGUUCAAACCUCCAGCUUGUGAAUCAGCUUUGUCUUUUUUGACUUGGUAAGCAAGUAUUAGGCUCUGGGGUGGGGGAAGGUCUGUAAUGUGAAACAACUUCUUGUUGUCUUUUCCCCCCUCCCAUUGUUGUAAAUAACUUUUAAUGGCCAAACCCCAGAUUUGUACUUUUUUUUUUCUAACUUCUAAAACCAUUUUCUUCCACCUGGUUUUACUGUAACAUUUGGAAAAGGAAUAAAUGUUGUCCCUUUA